GAUUCGCCACCAGUUGCCGCCAAUUUAUUCUGAUCGCCGCUAGUGCGCAGUUGGGGACAUCUCUCACUCACAGUCUCGGACUCAAUCCUCGACAGAGUAGACCUAGAGGGUUAUGCCGGUUCCGUCUCGAUUUAUAUAGUCAGUUGUCCGGUUGAAAGCCUGUAGAGCGAACCACUUGUGCUGUACUUAGUUGAAUAUAUAUAUAUUUUUUUUAAGCAAUGGACAAAAUGCCGGAAGAGGACGAUGUAUCAUCACCGCUCGAGUUUAAAAUGCUUCCGCUCUUCAUGGACUUUGAAGAUUUUAGCAUUUGCCAGCCUGCUCCUUUCUCGUACGAUGACAAGGCCUUGCUGGAGCUCGAGAGGUGUGACUACACGCAGAGGAUCACCUACCAGAUGGCCAGAGCUGGGAAGACGGCGCGCAGGGUGCGGGUGUAUGCAGAUGGCAUCUACGAUCUGUUCCACCAGGGCCAUGCCCGCCAACUGAUGCAGGCCAAGAACGUAUUCCCCAACGUGUAUCUCAUCGUGGGCGUGUGCAAUGAUGAGCUGACCCUCAGGAUGAAGGGACGCACGGUCAUGAAUGGAUUUGAGCGCUACGAGGCGGUGCGCCACUGCCGUUAUGUGGAUGAGAUCGUUCCGAAUGCUCCUUGGACGCUAAAUGAUGAGUUUCUCGACGAGCACAAGAUCGAUUUUGUGGCCCACGAUGACAUACCCUAUGGAGCUGGCGUAGUGAACGACAUAUAUGCUCCACUCAAAGCAAGGGGAAUGUUCGUGGCCACGGAGAGAACAGAGGGCGUUUCCACGUCGGACAUUGUGGCCCGAAUCGUGAAGGACUACGAUGUAUAUGUGCGCAGGAAUCUGGCCAGAGGCUACUCAGCCAAGGAGCUCAACGUGUCCUUUCUCUCCGAGAAGAAGUUCCGUCUGCAAAACAAGAUGGACGAGCUGAAGUCGCGCGGCAAGCGGGAGCUGACCAAAGUAAAGGUUGACAUCAUAACGAAGUGGGAGGAGAAGUCGCGCGAGUUUAUUGAUGCCUUCCUGUUGCUGUUCGGCAAGGAGCGGCUUAAUACCUUUUGGAACGAGUCCAAGGGCCGAAUCAUUCAGGCUCUCAGCCCACCAGGCAGUCCGAAUGGCUCCAUAAACGGCGACGAUCCAGAUGCCACAGACGGCGCAGAAUCCCAGGAUGAGUACAUGGAGCUGCCACCUGAGUACGGAGCGGGUAGUGGUGGCUCCAUUAAGCGAAAACAGAAGCGCCCGGGUCCGGUGAAUCACUCACCAAGCCCCAAUGACACGGAGGAACAAGAGCAUGAGGAUGUUGUCCACGAGCGACGCAGCGACUAAAGACGAAUUUGGCUAUCCUCUUCCUAUCCCUUAAAUCUUAAAUUAUUUUGUUUGUGGUUCAAUGGAACAAAAUAGCUAGCAGAAAAAUAUGCGCUUUAAAUAUAUUCAGAUCAAUUUCA